AGAGCUUUCAGGGAUAUUUGAGGCACCAUCCUUCCGUUCCCCGGCCACUUCUGCCACUUGUACCCGUGCGGAUCGUGUGAGGCACCACAGCGCUCUUAGUCCUACUUGCAAAGAAGUGAGAGGGUGCAAGGCCUUCAAGUGGCGUGGCUUGGAAAAGCAGGACCAUGUGUGCAGAGCGGUUAGGGAAAUUAGUUACCCUGGCGUUGGUCUUUGCAAGCUUUGAGCCAGUCGUGAGCACAGAAGCCACCAACCCUCCGGAAGGUGCCCAAGACAGAGCCCCGCAGCAAAAAGGGCGGCUGUCUUUGCAAGACACAGCUGAAAUUCAGCACUGCCUGGUCAAUGCUGGUGACGUGGGAUGCAGUGUGUUUGAAUGCUUUGAAAACAACUCCUGUGAAAUACGAGGCUUACAUGAGAUAUGUAUGACAUUCCUUCACAAUGCUGGAAAAUUUGAUGCACAGGGGAAAUCUUUCAUUAAAGAUGCUCUAAGAUGCAAGGCUCAUGCCUUACGGCACAGAUUCAGCUGCAUCAGUCGCAAGUGCCCUGCCAUCAAGGACAUGGUCUUUCAGUUACAGCGAGAAUGCUACCAGAAGCACGAUCUUUGCUCUGCAGCUAAAGAGAAUGUCCACGUCAUUGUAGAGAUGAUUCACUUCAAAGACUUGCUGCAGCACGAACCAUAUGUUGACUUAGUGAACAUCCUGCUCACUUGUGGAGAGGAGGUCAGAGAAGCCAUCACGCAGAGUGUCCAGGCCCAGUGUGAACAGAAUUGGGGGAGCCUGUGUUCUGUCUUGAGUUUCUGCACCUCAGUCCCACAUGGAGACUCUGCCCUGGAACCUGAGAGAAAACCAAAUGAAAUCUUCAGAUCUGCUGCCAGCCAAGGAGACCUCACAGUCCACUCUGAAUCUGACCCCAGAGAGAACUCCCGAAGCACCAGGGGGGAAAGAGGUAGCAAGCUCCAAAUGAAUGCUCACACUCGCACUAAAGCUGGGAGCCACAGUCCUAAAAUGGCCCAUGGAAUCAUCGAACAGGCAGAAGAACUGUCUGACUUCUCUGACAUCCGAAGGUGAAAGGAGGACCCAGCCCUUCCUUCCUCCUCCACUAGAAACUUCCUCCAUUGAGUCCAUCUUCUUAUCUAGGGGCAUUCCAAAAUAUUUACAAUAUAGAGGGGGUGGUGUCAGGCACAGGGCAUUGUGGAGAAUAUGACUGUGUCAGUGUAGGUAUUCUAAGCAACAGAGGAAAAGCAAUGGCUAUUAGUUAUUGACGGUAUCCAGCAAGUUCAGUGGGUAGGCGCAACAGGUGUGUUCAUUUAAAUUUAUUUAUCCCUUCAGAAAAGGACAUUAGGAGAUUGGAUGCAGGGAGUGGUGGUGGUUUGUUUCUUUAUUUAUCAGGGAUGGAGGAUAAAUUUGUCUGAAUUUUCAUUUGUCCACUAUUGGCUCACCAUCUAGGUUAGGUUCAGCAUUUAGUCUCUAGACAGAAAAUAAUCCGUUCUCUACUCUCUGUCAGAGGCCACAAGGUGGCUGCUAAAAUGGAGUUCUACAUUGGAAAGCUAUCCAUUUCAAGCUAAACAGUUUCUCUGAGCCGUUGUUCCUGCCUGGGUUACACCACCUGACUAAGUGUCCCUUUUAUUGGUUUGUAUGGAUCACCCAUACACUUUUCUCCCUAUUGUUACAACCUCCUCAGGAAAUCAGGUGAUUACACAACCAAAUUAUGGACAAAAUGAACUUUUCAACUACCCUAGUUUCACAUCAACAUGUUUUUCAGCAGACCUUCAAAAUACUACCUGGUUUCUAAGUGAAGCAGGUUUCCGAAAUACGGGGUAUGGAUGCUCCACCAACGCUUGGUUAUACAUGCAGUACUUUUUGGAGGCUUGAUGAAAAUCUGUCUACUUGAAAGCAGGACCAUGGCGGUGGGGCGGCAGUGUUCCCAGCCUGACUGAAGUGCCAAGAAAUGGUAAUUCUGGUAACCCAAGCACUACAAAACAAUCAGGUUAAUGAUCUGAAAUGAGCUUAGUCUUCCUGACAUUCAGUCCUAAAAACGGUUUCUUGAAAAUAAGUCACAUUUAUUUCUUUUUAAAUUUUCUUCCAGUAAAUGUGCUUUGGAUUACAUUCUGUGCAGGCUAGAGUUAAUACGACACACUCCACCUUUACUGUUAGAUAUAUCUGUUUAUCGUUACCUAAGAUCAUUCAGGGUGUUGCAGAUAUCAGCCACUGCACUUGAAAGGAUGGACAGCAGUAGGUGUCGAAUCCUAAGAAGCGGAUAAUGGGAGGAACCAGUAUAUAACCUUUUUCUGCAUCUCGUCCAUAAUUUCUGUUGGUUCAGAACUUCAGAAGGCCUUUAGUUUUUCCAUCAGCAGAAAUCUAGUUUCAUAGACUGAAGCCUUAGUCCAUAGGCUCCUUGUGCAUCACGAUCUCCCAUGUGCAAGUGAGUUCCCUGUUUGAUCAAUGGCAGGACAACUCUGGACAUGCAUACAUAGAAUGUGUCCUGGUGCUGCAGUCACUGGGGAACCUUUGGAGAGACAAAGCACAUGAUAUAAGCCCUUUUUGGUAAAACUUAGGUUGUAAGAACCACAGAAUUGUAAAUGCAGCCAGGAAAUUUUACAUUAUUUCUAAGGAAACCAUCUAGUUCCAAGUGAUAAUCCGGCAGUUCCCAAUGAAGCAACUAAACAAGGAAAGGUAUAUGGUCCCCUUACUAAUCUAAAACAUUUUAAAAUGAUCUGAUUGGAGGAUUGUUCGUGACCACAUCACCAUGGUGUCAUACAUAGACAAAAUUGAAGGCCUGCUGCAGGCCCAUCUCACAUCAGUUUGAUCUUUCAUUAGGUCCAAUGGGAACCAAGGCAUACCCACCAUUGAAUGUUUCUGUCAACAGAUCACCUCAGCAUGCAUAUAAUUUAUCUCCUUUCAUUCUAGAGAGGUAAAUAUAUGUUUCUCCUUUAGCUGAACAAAGGUAAUGGAGGGAAGUAUAAGGCCUAAUUUUUUUCUUCUGCAUGUAAAAAUUGGAUGUACGUGUUCACCUACUGAUUCCACAUAUUCUUUUAUUGUAAAUAUUUAAUGUUUCUAUUUAUUAUAACGUCUCCAUUUAAAAAAAAUUCUGAGCACUGCUGGCUAAGGUAAUUUAAAUAUAUGUCAGGACCUGUGUUGUAUAUAUUCAUGCCACUAGUAUGUUUUUGUUGUUUAAAAGCAAGGAAAAUAUAAUUUUAUACGUUCCAUAAUGUUAUUGACAGCAUAAAUCGUUUAUUUAUUGUUAACUUUCAUUUCCAACAGAUAAGAGUGCAUUUAACCUGAUAGUUCUAUCAAGACAUCUGUAUAGCCUUACUUCUUUGAAAAUUUAAAAUAAAAAAAAAUUCAGCUGUCCA